AUGCGUGCGCGUGUGCGGGUGCUCCGAGGCAAUGGCCGAACAGACUUAAAAAAAUCCAAGUGGAACUCAGCUCCGGUUGCAGUUAAAGGGCGAGAGGGGACGGUUUGCGCUGGGACAGUCACCCGGGUCCCUGGCUCGCGUCACAACCUCAUCGGCUGCGAGUUUCCUCUUUCCAUAAAACAAAACACGACCGAAGACCGGGACAGAAAGAAGUACUCCAGUAUUCGGCCUGAGCAACUGCCGCCUCUUCCCGGUUUCUUUUUGGUGGGUCGUGCAACCCUGGGAUGUCCAGUCUCGCUCCUCCCCCAAUCCAGACGGAGUCCAGUCUGGGCUGCAGGGAUCCAGGUGACAAUCCAGACUUGCAUCAUUUCCAGGCCGGUGGCAGGGAGGCCCCGGCAGCCUGAGUCAGCCCGCCGCGGAGCAUCGCGUGCCCCGGGGCCGAGCUUGAAAGACAACUUUAGGCGUCUCCACGCACACGCUUCCAUUUCCCCACAGCGCUCCCGCCGCCCGCUCGGGGUCCCUCUACGCUUCGGUCAUCGGAGGGAAGCGGUAGAAACAGACAGAAAAGCGCCAUCUGGGGAAGGGCUCUCCAUCUCUCCCCCUUUCCUCCCCGAGCCCCUCCCCGAGCACCGCGGGGACGAGCUGCCCCAGCAGCUUUCUCCUGGCCCGGAGGAAGCCGGGGGAAAGUUGGGCGCCGCUUGGAGCGCCUCUUACCCCCGCUGUGUGUGUACGUGUGCACGCUCACGUCUCCCUCGCGCCGGGCCGGGGACAGGAACUGCUCACGGCCUCGUCAACCCGACGGCGCAGCUCGGGGGUCUACGGCGGUGGGGGAGGGUGGGAGGCGAGUGCUGCCACCUAGCGCCGCCCGACGCGCUCCGGGUGUGGGCCCGCCCGCCCCUCCCCCGCACCCCACGCUCCCCUUGGAGAACAGAGUCCCAGGAAAUGGUCGCUUUGAAGGUCUGCAGUGUUGGUGAGAAACUGACCGCCCAUGUCCACAGUUCCAAUGGCAGCUACUUUCUGCAGCCUGAGGUCUUGAACGCAGAGCGUCGGGGACCUUGCCUGAAGAUGGGCCACCCUCACUCCCACCUUGCCGUGUUUGAGCUGUCAAUUUCGCUUCGUUUAUUAGUUUAUGAAAACCCCUCCUUAGGAACAAAACAGAAAGCAGAAGCCUCGUGCCAUUCGCCCCCUCGAGGCCCUCCAUUUCCAGAGUCAAGCUGCCAUUUGCUCCCAGCCUUGCUUAAAGGUGCAACUGAGUAGAGAUUUUCUUUCCAUGUGGCCUUUUUUGAGCAGUAAUGGCAUUUAAAAUGCAUCUGGUCACCUGUUUUUUUGGACAGCAGAAAGAGGAGAUGCUGGCCACAGGAGUGAGUCACCUUUGCCAGAUGCAGACACCUGGGCACUGGGAGCGCCAGCCAGGCCACCCCUCUGCCUUUCUUAGGCACCGCCUUUUGUCACUAUAAGGCCCUGGCCUGCCCUGGAAGGACCCUACAUAAUUUAAAAAUUCAUCCUGAGGCCAUUUGCUCCAGACAGACGAAGGGGUAUUGUGGACCCCAGCUGCCCCUUUAGAACAAGAAGAACAUGCAGCGGCUAGAAUUCGAGGUGUUGUAAGCGCAGCUCCCCGUCUUAAGAGCUUUGUCUCUGCACAGUGUAGCCGAGGUCAAGGCAGUCAGACCCGUGUCAGUCGGUCCCACCAGGGCUGUAUGGAUUUUGCAGAACCACUAGGCAGUUUGCCAGGCUACCACACUGGGCUGCAGGCUAGGGUAGAAGUGGGGCUGGGGGCACAGACUGAUGACUUUAUUGUGACCCUCCCCUCCCCCCGUGAAUGCCUUUAGCUCCACCUGUCUCUCAGGCCUGGUUUGGGGGAUGGUGGCUGAUGGAAAUGGGGAGUGGGGAGACGAUAAUCAGGAAGGUAAAAUGAGUGAACAGGCCCUGCAGCGCAUUCCAAGCUCGAGACUUUAGUGUCCCUGCAGACCCCAAGUCCACCCUGAAGGGGAACCGAGAUGUGGGAGGGGUGAGGACAGAUUGGCUGUGCUGCCCUGCCAUUCAGGAGAAUGUGGAUGGGCUCUCCUCCUCCAUUUGGGGCCACGCGACUCUGGCGAGUCAGACCUGGCCUGCCUCCUGCAUCCAGGGGCUUCUGUGGCCGAGGUAGGAGACCCGCAUUUCCCUGUGUGUGUCCUCUUCACCAGUGGCCUUCAGUCCAUUCCACGAAGGGAGGUUUUGGGCGUGGGUUAGAACCGGAAAGACCGAGGAGGAGGAUACGGACAAGUCAAGGCAAGAGACAGAGAGGACAUCACAGGUGGGAGGGCCAGCGGAACUGAAUGCACAGGGACGCAGUAGGACUUGCCCAGGUUGUUAUUAAAGAGGGAGAUGGAGCUGGUGAGAUGGGCCGGGACGUGUUGGAAGCUGGGGUCAUUGUGACAAAUGGGGGAGCAUGUCAUGGGAGGCCUUGUUUUCUGGUCCUCGUGGGUAUUAGGAUGAGACUAGGGGUGCUUCGACUUGACUCUGUAGGAAGCAGUGGGACAGAGUGAGAGGAAUGGAAAGGAACGAGUUGGAAUCUUGAGGUGGGUUGAGAGCCCGGCUGGUCGGGGGUGUUGCUUGGUGGGAGCAGGCUUGGCCUUAAAGGAUGGCGGCCGUUCUUGCCAGCAGAGGCCAGGACGUGUAGGUGGACACGGGCCCUCUUCCCCAGGCUGUCUGUGACUCCCAGAACCUGAGCGGAGAACAUGGCUUACAGUGGGGAGCUCCGCCCACCGCUCGCCCCGCCCCCUUUGGGGCAGACUGUCUGGGCUGAUGGCACCACCUUGUGGUCAGAGGGGGAACUGCCUGGCCAAAGAGUGGGUUCCUACCUGGCUCUAAGGCCUGGGGCACAGUGCUGUGCCCCUAAAUUUCAUUACCAUUUCUGUACCAAAUUGGUUCAUACUGAAUUGGACGAUCUUCUCACAAUGGCCUGCUCUAAACCCCCCUUCAAGGAAAUGUCUUCCAAGCUUUUUAAUUUCCCUCUUCCUUCUCCUUUCUUUGUGGUCUUCCAUUGGGAACCCCCAGAAUAACCACAGCUCCAAUACAUCAAGUCUAUGGGAAACGAAAAAGUUCUAGAAGUGAAACUGGACGGUCAGAAUUGCAGUCCAGCCUCUGAAACAUCUCCCAAGCCGAGUUUCCUCCCUGAAAGUCUCCUCGUUUCUCUUCUUUCAUUGGCUGACUAUUUCAUUCAGCAGGAUUCAGGAUGAAGGAGGCCAUGCCCUUCCUGUUUGGGUUUGCUUAUUAUAACGACUGUAAAAGUGUCUUCUACUAAUUUUCCCUGCAGAAAUGCAGGACAACACCACCACGAGUUUAGAAGCCCAUCUGGGGGCUGCCCUGGGAACCUGUCGUUUGUAACAUGGUCUUUUUGGCCAGGCCUGAUGGCACGUACCUGUAAUUCCACCUGGAGUGAGGCUGCAGGAUGACUUGAGCCCAGGAGUACGAGGCUGGCCUGAACAACAAAGUGAGAUGCAGUCUCAAAACAAAACCACAGCAAAAUAAGAGUUUUGGAGGAAACGAUAUUCUGAGUUCCUAAAACAAUCAACUCAAAGUGUCAGAGCGCUCCACGCUGUGAAAUGGGUUUUUCCUACAGGUCAUUAACCCACAGUCAAACUGGUGAUGGACCAACUGGACAUACGAAUGAUAAAAAGGAAUUUUUUAAAAACCCCACAGAAUAGGAACACAGUAUCCCUCACCAUAUAUCCAUUAACUGGAAAGAACAUAAGGCAGUAAGCCCGGGUGUCGGCUUGUGGUCUGAGUUUUGUUAGUGCCUUGCUCUGCAGCUGAGUAGCACCCCAGAAGCCUCUCUGUUUCCCUUGGGUCGACAUUUUUCCCUCUUCAUUGCAUGCUGAGAGAACCCCAGGACAAAUGUGGGGCAGGGGCUACCUGGUUCCCGAGGAGGCAGCUGGCUGCACUCUGGUGACUUCGUGGGGCUGGGGCAUGCUGCGGUUCUCCCCGCUGGGUUCAACUUGGAGAACGGUGGCGGGAGAAGUCUUUCCGUGGGAGUUUCUAGUGCACCAGAUUUUGCACACCUUCAGUAAAUGGUCCAGUCUGUGAGUGUGAUUACCCCUCACCAUACACUCAGAGCUCACUGGACCCAAUUUUAGAUUGGAGUUUUUUCCUGAGCAGUUCCGUUUGUAAGGACUGCUAUGGCAUGACUUCCGUUUACUCCUUUAGGAGUCUUCCAGAGGGCCCAGGAGAGGUCUUGAACGUAAUAAAACUCAUUCUAUCUUGAAGUUACCAUGUAGGACCAUUGAGACUCUUUCUAAAUAUAGGGCUGUAUGGAUAAGUCAUACAGCUGUAGUGAUUUUAAUUUUCUGACGUAUUAAAAAAUUUUCACUUUAUCAUUCUUGGAACUAUUUCAUUAUUCUCCAUCACUAUUGCCAAUUAUGGUAAAAAUCACUGAAAUAAGAAGCAAGUGGUAGACAGUGGAUUUGCCUGGAAAGACGGUGUAAUGGGGACACAUCUUGUGUUUUAUGAUGUUGCCCCAAGUAUUGCAGCAUCUUCUAGGAAGGUGUGGAAGGAUUGAGGAUGCCAUCUUUGUAGUCUUCUGAUUUUUUUUGUGUGUGGGCAUGUAUUUUAUGAUGAUGAUGAUGAUUUCAUUAUUAUCUUUUUACUAUGCAUUUUAUUAAAUUAUUAUUUAGUUGAUGGAUGAUAAUUGGACAUGUUUAUGGGGUAUAUGAAUUUUGCUUUGGAUGAACACUGUUUUGAAAAGAGCAUCUUUCAUUUUCUGCUGAAGAGGAGAAAACUGACAGAGGGAAAUGUACGACGGUCAGGCACUCUCGAAGGUGUGUGCGAGCCGGCGCUCUGUGGCUCUGGUGAUGGCGGGUUAAGUGAAGACUCAGGCUGUGAGUCUCAAGUGACAGCGGCCUAGAUGGAUACUCUCAACGGAAGAGGCGAUGGUGUAUGUCUCAGGACAAACAGGAGCAGAUACUCUCCUCUGGAGCUCACGCGACAGGCGCGGUUUCACCAGCUGUGCUGUAACUGGCGCCUGGACCAUCCGGUCCUGUCGUUUUUUUUGGUGUUGUUUUACCCAAAUUUGCUUGAUACGGUUUGAAAUGGACAAAUGGAGGAGUCAGAUCAAGAACAAAGGUGCAAAGAAAUGGGUAAUACAGAAAUGAGAGGAAGGCACAACCUCCGAUCAUUCCAACGGGUGUCGGAAUGAGAGCACUUUGCAAUCACCAAGCAGAAGGUGACCAUCUCUCUGGAAAACAGUGACGAGCUCGUAGAGGUCUCAGAAGCAGCGUGUUCACGUUGCCGGUGCAGGAAGAGCCAGAGUAGCUGAACUCAGGCUUAUGAGGGAUUCGCUGGGAAUCUGAGAUCAGCGUUUAUAAGCCGGCUCCGUCUCAGGUUCACACACAACCCCCGGGCAGCAGUUAGCACUGAGACGAGGUUGCUCCCUUUGGGUUCAUGUGGCUUCAAAACCAGGACAAAUAUGCCAGGAAAUCUAUUAU